CAAACUCACGAAACACUAUAAGUAAAGAAGGAAGGAUGCUUUAAAAAUAAUACAUCAUGCGUUCAAUGAAAUCAUAUUUCUUGGCCAAAGAAAUGUAUGAUAACAGGUUUAGUAGAAUGAACCACAAUUAUGCAUUUAUAAUAUGGGGUGUUUUAAUGCAUUUAAUACUGUUAUGGGGUGUACUUGAUGUGAAUUUCCACUCGCCUAUUAUAGCAGACUUACCAAGUGUAGAAGUUUUGAAAAAUGCUCCAGCAAAGAGAUUAAUUUUAUUUGUGGCUGAUGGUUUAAGGUUCAGAACCUUCAUUGAAGAAUCACCAAAUUUCCUCAAGUACGUGAUGUCAGAUAAAGGUGUUUGGGGAGUAUCUCAUACAAGAAUGCCUACAGAAUCUAGGCCAGGCAUUGUUGCAAUUUGUGCAGGAUUGUAUGAAGAUCCUAGUGCCAUUUUUAAAGGCUGGAAGGAAAAUCCUGUUGAUUUUGACUCUAUCUUUAAUCAAAGCCAAUUUUCAUGGGCAUGGGGAAGUCCUGACAUUAUACCAAUUUUCACAAAAGAUGCAAAAGACAACAUAAGGGGAGACAGCUAUCCACCUGAAUGGCAAGACUUUGAUAUAAUGAAGGGCCAAAUCUGGCGUUUGGAUUCCUGGGUGUUUGACAAGUAUCUGAAUUGGCUUCGAGAAGAAGCUCACAAAGUAAAACAUUCCGAUCGCGUGAUUCUUUUCCUUCAUCUUCUCGGUUGCGAUACCACCGGGCAUACGGCGAAGCCCUAUUCUAGAGAAUACACUGAUAACGUGAACUAUGUCGAUCGGAAAAUAGAAGAAGUUGUACAAAUGACAGAGAAUUUUUUCGGAGAUAAUGCUACAGCAUACGUUUUCACAGCUGAUCACGGAAUGACUGAUUGGGGAUCACAUGGAAGUGGUUCCACGGAUGAAACAGAAACUCCGUUAAUCACUUGGGGUGCUGGAAUUAAUCGACUUAAUUCUAGACAAGAUGUGGAGCAAGUAGAUAUCACCCCAUUGAUAUCAAGUUUGAUUGGUGCUCCUGUUCCCACUAAUAAUGAAGGUGUUCUGCCAUGGCAAUAUUUAAAUGCCACCAAUCUUAAAUACAUGAACAAUGCUCUAUUGAAUAAUUUGAAGCAAUUAACUCAUCAAGUCAAAGCAAACCGUGAAAUGAAUUGUGAAGACAACGGGUUUGCAGACUGGAGAGAAGCACAAUUGUAUAACAAAAUUUCUGUGUUAGAGAAAUACCUGACCACAGAUUCGAGAGGAAGGUUGAAAGAGACAGUUGAUACAAUUGAACUAGCUAAAGAAUCUUUGUUAUACUUUCGUCAGUAUCAAAGAUCACGAUUUUUAAUAUAUUUGUCCACAAUGUGGCUAGGAUGGAUAGUACUGUUAUUUGUUAAAAUAGCUGGAAGGGAGCGACUUACUAUUAAUCGUUUAAUUUUAUGGGUUGCAGAUGUCGCAUUCGUCUGUAUUUUAAUCACAAUAUUUAUUAUGCACAAAGUUUCAGAUUGCAGAAAUUGGAGACUUCCCUGUUAUGCAUCUUUAUCUGUAAUAUCCUUUUGGUUAGCAAUUAGAAGUAUAAUUAGGAAUUCCGUGAACUUGAAAAUGAAAAAUAGUAAACGAGUAUGGAUAGACUUCACGGUAAUAAUUUUGUUAUUAGCAACAAUGUUCAUGGGCUUAAUACACAGGUCUGCUCUAAGCAUAGGAAUGUUAAGCACUGCAAUUAUUCAAAGAAUUGUGUUCAAGAAUGCCAGGAAUUUGUUUUGGACAGCUUUGUCUCUAGCAAUCUUCCCACUGUUACCUGUUGUAGAACCCUAUCCGCGCGUUUACAUCGUACUUCUCAGCAUAUGCAUAAUGAUUGCGAUCGUAGCUGUAAAAAUUCCAUCGAAGUACAAAAAAGCAAUAGAAAUUUCUCGACUAAUAAUUACAGGACUGACGUACUUUGAGGUCAUAGAUGGGCGAAGGUGGAUAUCAUGGGCACUCUUAUUCACAACGCCAUUGCAUAUCUGCACUUAUUCUACAAAAUUAGAGAAAAGAAUGGACGGAGUGAUAUUAGGUCUUUUCUGUCCACUUGCAUUAUUAUCAGCAUCUUAUGAGCCUUUCUUUUUUGUAUUCCUUGCAAUACACCUAUCAUAUUGGCCCCGAACUAACACAUAUUUUAGUCAAAGUCACCAGAGUACUAAGAAGUCCUUAACAAGGGAAGAAUUACUGAAAGCAUCUAUCUUUAUGUUAUAUACAUUACUGUGCUUUUUUGGAACUGGCAACAUGGCAAGUAUCAGCUCGUUUGAUCCUUCUUGGACCCGUCAUUUUAUCACAGUAUUCUCGCCGUUUAUAAUGUUCUCAUUGAUACUUUUAAAAAUUAGCAUACCUUUAAUGCUAGUCGGUUGUGUAAGCCACAUGAUAGGCUCAUCAAACAUUUUCUUAGCAGUGCUCCUGUUAGGGGAUUGUUUAUCAUUACCAUUCGUGUACUGUGUCACCCCUGAAGGAAGUUGGUUAGAUAUUGGUAGCGCUAUUAGCAGAUUCACAAUCGCGAUAUCCCUUCCAUGUCUUUUAUUGUUUUUGUAUUAUAUAUCGUAUCCACUUAUGACAUUUUCUCUGUAUACAUUGAAGGUCCGUAUGCUCUUAGAAAAGAAACAUAUUGUAUAAAAAAAA